AUGACGUCAAGAUUUGAUGAAAACUUCGAAUCUGAUAGUGAAUUUGAUAGUUUUGAAAGUGAAGAUGAAGAAAUCCUGGAUAAUAAUGAUGAGAGUGACAUAAUAAUUGAGCAAAAGAAAUCAAAUAAUUUAACGUCAUGUGUAUUAAUUGAUAAAAUAGAUGGCAUAAUUCAAAGAUGUAAAAAUAAAGAAAGUUUUCUAACAUUAUGGCAAUUGGUUGGAGUAUGGCAGAUAGAUAAUGAAGGAGUCUCAGAAGUAAAUGGAUCUCUGGAAAAGCGGAAAUGUCUCUUUUGUGGGAAACUCUUUUACUUUUUUGGUCGAGGAAAUGGUUGUUCAAAACAUUCAUGGAAAUUACUAGGAAAAAGUAUACAAAUUGCGUGCAAUGGACAACAUACAUGUCCUGCUCUUGGAGAAUGUAAUCUAAUUUGUAAGACUGCGUUAAAAGAUAUAAAAUAUUCACGUUACAUUUGUUCAGAAUGUUAUGAAUUAGAAGGUGGUCACUUUCAUGUAAAACCUGGAAAAGGCAAAUUACUAGAAACGUAUAUUGAUCAAAAGUACCAUGAUGAAGAUCCUAAAAAAAAUUUGGAAAUAAUUGCACGUUGGCUUUUUUAUGUUAAAAAUAAUAAGAAUAAAGAAUAUCAAGAGAAGGUUCUUGGAAUAUUUUUACCUACCUAUCUUCAAUUUUUAAAUGCAAAUUACUUGUACGAAAUAAAUACAGAAAUUGUUUCUAAUCAAAGUCAAUCGAUUACUACAUCCUCCAACACAUCUCAUAAUUUUUUCACCCCAACAUUAUUAAAACUUCCUACUUUUUUUAUGGUUCGAGUAUUAACGCGCUUAAAUCAAAUUCCAAUUUAUCCUGAUGAAAAAGAAUUAGAAGAUGAUGAUUUUGAAAAACUUGGAAAAUUAGCUGGAGAUAAACUAUGGCAAUCAUAUAAACGUUUAAAGACUAACAAAAUUUACCUUCAAUCUCCAACUAAUAUCACUGAAUAUAUCGAUGCAUUUCCUAAAUUCUUGAAAAUAUUUUUUGAAAAAAUGUUUUUACAAUUGGAAUAA